AUGGCAUCGGGGCGAGGAGAAUGUGGAGUGGCAACGUCUGCUCGCCUGCAAUUCCCCAAUUUCCAACAUGUGCAGGCUCUCCGGCGCCGCCAUUCCACCCCAAUCACCGUCUCCCCCGUUCAUUUCCCGCUCGCUUCACGACGCGAGAUGAAUGGGCAGUUGGACACCGAGGCCAUGCGCGACGAGCGCGACCUCCACCAACGCUCAAUGUCUACCGAGUCUAGUGAGCCGCUCCUCACCGGCUGGCCAUUGUCACCUCAGACGCCGACCACGCCGUUCACGAAAUACAGCUCAUACGUCCCGAGUUCACGUCUUCGACGACUUCUCAUUGUCGCGUUUGCGGCUCUCUCUGCGACAUCGCUUGUGAUCUUUGCUUCUGUGUCUAUCCUCUCUGUGAACCCACACUCGGUACAGCAGGUCCCUGAGGUCGACGCGCAGACAGCACUCAAGGAACCUGAGACGUCGCUCACGGACGAGAAUGCUCCGUCAACCCAUUCGCCUUACGUUCUCGGUCCUCCCACCAUGCGUUUCCGCGACAACCUGCGCAAUGAUACCCAAUACAUCACGUCGUGGAUAUCUGCAGGAUGGACCAACGAUGUGAUGACCUAUGCCAACCUGAUAUAUCUCGGCAUCAUUACCAGUCGCGUACCGAUUAUCGCCAUGUUCACACCAUCUCACAUUGGCGGCGAUGCCGAGACCAUCCCAUUCGGUGAUGUCUUUGACGUCCCACGGUUCAUCCGCGAUUCAGGCGUAGAUAUCCUGGAAUGGCGGGAGGUCAAGGAUCCUGGCAGCAAUGAGGUUGAGGAUCUUGGCUGCUGGAAUGUCUGGGAAGCGGUGCAGUAUAACGAGCAUUACCCACGCAGGAGUGCUGUACCCGGCUGGCUAGGGCUUGACGUCUCGUACACACGGGCACCAGAUUGGGUGCACAUGAUCCCAAACUAUGAGCAUGACCCUCAUAGUACGUUCUGGUCUCUCGCCCGCCUUGGUUUCCCAGAGGAGCGCGAGAAGAAUCUAGUCGAGCCCUUGCCAUCACCACAACAUCAGGCUGUUCUGCCCCCAAACGAGCAAGUAUUAUGUUACGAUUAUGUAUACUAUGUGUGUGCACAGCAGUCAUGGGAAUUCGAGUUCGACUACUCGCCUGCAUGGCGAUUUGUUGGGAAGCAUCUACGGUGGACGCCGGACCUCGAUGCAAUCGCAGCUUCAUACGUUCGUCGUGCCUUUGGCUUGCCGGAGGACGCGGAAACACCUCCUUACAUCGCCAUCCAUGUUCGUCACGGAGACUUCCGGAAUUACUGCACUGGUAUGGAUUUAGCGGACUGCUUCGCACCGAUCUCUGUCAUCGAGCGGCGUGUCAAUGAGGUCCGAGACGAGCUGCUCACGCGCAAGGGCAUUGACAUUCCGCACACCCGGGUCGUCAUGACCAGUGAUGAGUCUGACCAGGCAUGGUGGGACGAGGUCACCGCGCUCGGGUGGGCAAAAGUUGACCACGAUGCGUGGGAGACGGUGCGGACGUACGGCAGGUGGUAUCCUGUGCUCCUCGAUGCUGUCAUCCAGUCGAAUGGGCUCGGGUUCGUCGGGACGGACCGCUCGACGUACUCGACACUGUCGCGCCGCCGCGUCCAGGACUGGCAUGAUGGCGCUACUCGCAUCGUCAAGUGGGGAUACAAGGAUGCCGACGCCCACUGACAUCGCAAUUGUCCCUCGCUCCCUUCAUCGCCUGCGUUGUCGCGGCGUCGUUCACUUACAGCGGAUGUCUGGUAACCAGGAGGCCCUUUGAGGAUAAGCACUAGACAUUUAUGGACCACUGCUUGGACGAUAGAAUUUCAUAUCUUUAUGUAAAUCAGUCGAGCAUAUCGUAGUCUCGUUGCCCCCUCCGUUCAAUGAUGUCUCCCUU